AAGUUUUACUCAAUCCCCAAUCCGGUAUGCGCAAUCCCUAGUUCCCCUCUUCCUUCUCCCCUGUUCGCCGCCAUGGCCGCCAGAUGAGUCUCGUCCACCUCUCUUCUGUAGUUCCUCCCUUUCCAUGUGUGUCUCCAUGGCCGCCCCACCUACGUAAUUCCUCCUCCCUCGAUCGCCCAUUCUCCAGCGCCCUCGACGAGGACCGCCCUCGUCAUGGCUCAAUGGAGCAGCGGCUGCUUGUCUUGGAGUUCCUGUUUGACUCGUCGUCUAGCCGUAGCGGGCCGCCGAUCCCCUAUAGUUCUUGUUCAUCUCUUCAUGUUCUUCAGGCUCUAAGCACCAAACUUGCAGGAGGCACUACAUUUGCGAACGACGACACCAGAGGAAUGAACAACUUCAUCAUCUUAUAAGAGCAUUGGAGCAAGAGAGAGCAAUGCACAAGAAAGAGCAAGAUAGAUCAAUGUUGCAGUUGCAUCAGAGAUUGUCAGCUAUAUAUGAAGAUAUGAAAGUGAAGAAAAAAAGGGGCAUGUGCCUUUAUCAUGAUAAUGUGGGUUGUUUCUUUAGUUUUAGAUUUUGUUGCUGGUAUGGUCGUCUUAGUCUAGUUGAGAAGAGAGAAUUCAGAUAAUGCAAUUUUUUAAGGGAAUGUACUUGUAGCUCUGCAAUCUGUUGCAUACGCAAAGAUAUAUGUAAUCUGAAAGCAAGCUUUUCUUGCUGUCAUGAUUGAA